GCGGCAGUUUUCUGACGCCGCUUACCUAAGUAACACACGUCGUGUGUGCUUCUCGUGUCCAACUCGCGUUCAUUUUCCUUGUGGAAAACCCCUCUCGUCAGCUUCUCUCGUGGCCGUUUACCCCGUCAGUUGUCGCCGCCGUGAGUGCACCCUCACGGCCCUGGCCGAUCGAUACGGCCAACUGCAGCACCAGGACGGCGGACAGCUCGUUCUCCAGAAUAGAACGGCCUAACUGACGCAGACAGGCGACCUCUGCCUCGGCGUUCCUCUUAACUGUCCAGGAGCGUCUGGAGGAUCCUCCACUCCACGUGGAACCGGUAUGCUCGUCCGUUUGUGACAUCGUCGACGAAGUGUGCCACGCACUCCGCUCCUCCAGAGACGAGAACGCGCGCGAGCUCGUGCGAUUGCUGAGGAGCUCGCAUUUGAAAGCGCUUCUGGAGACGCACGACGCGGUUGUCAAACGGAAGGAACAACCAUCAAAACCGGAACCACCGUUAUUAAUAAUGCCUACCAACGAGAGGACGGAAGCUGUGAGGAUGGUCGGCCUUAGGAGGCAACCUGACGAACCUUUGGGUCUGACGGUGCAGGUCGACGAAUCUGGCAAUUUGAUCAUCGCGAGGAUCCUGGGCGGAAGCACUGCUGCUCGUCAAGGACUUCUGAGAACCGGCGAGGUGAUCCUCGAGGUGAACGGAAAGGAAGUUCGCAAUCCCGAGGAACUUCAGGAAGCCAUUCACGAAGCGAAGGAGAAUUUGUCGCUGAAACUUGCACCUGGAAUUGCCUCCGAUGGUAAUCGACCUGUGAAAUCCACGUGCUAUAUGAGGGCCCUGUUCGACUACGAUCCAUCGGAAGAUACCCUGUUACCGUGCAAGGAGAUUGGACUUCCGUUUCAGAAAGGCGAUGUGUUGCAAAUCGUGGACCAGGCGGAUCCAAACUGGUGGCAAGCUCGACGAGUCGAAGGCGAAGGUCUAGGUCCUCCGGGUUUAGUUCCGUCAUUGGAGUUAGAAGAACGGAGGAAAGCGUUCGUGCCACCGGAAGCGGAUUUCGUACACAAGAUUAGUAUCUGCGGGACCAAAAUCUCAAAGAAGAAGAAGAGGAAAAUGUACCAAUCGAAGUCGAACGGUGAAUUCGACAGUGCAGAACUGUUGUUGUACGAAGAAGUGGCUAGAAUGCCGCCAUUUAGACGUAAAACCUUGGCAUUGGUUGGUCCGAGGGGUGUUGGCCGCAGAACAUUGAAGAAUAGGCUGAUAAAUAGCGAUCCUGAGAAAUUCGGCACCAUUGUUCCGUAUACUUCACGACCACCCAGAGUACUCGAGGAAGAUGGCAAAAGUUAUUGGUUUACUGAUCGCGAAUCGAUGGAAACGGACAUUAGAGAGCAUCGUUAUCUCGAGUACGGAGAACACGGUGGCCAUUUGUAUGGUACAAAGUUGGAUUCUGUGAGGGAGUUGAUCAGAGCUGGGAAAAUGUGCGUUUUGGACUGUAGUCCAGCUGCUCUAAAAAUACUUCACAACAGCACGGAAUUUAUGCCCUAUGUCAUUUUCAUAGCGGCGCCAGGAAUGGAACAAUUGAAAUGGCUGUACGAUCUGGCGAGGUCGACUGGAACUAGCAAUCGAAACUUGACGGAGGACGAUUUGAAAGCAACGUUGGAAGAAUCGGCGGCCUUGCAGCGUGCCUACGAGAAAUAUAUCGACUUGGUAAUCGUGAACGAAGAUUUCGAUAAUACAUUUAGACAGGUAAUCGCCGCGUUGGACGCCUUAGCCACUGAACACCAAUGGGUCCCAGUAAAUUGGAUCUAUUAGACACCAAUUAAAAACAUCUUCUGAGGGAACAAAUAAUUUCAGAAUGCACGGCCCAAAGUCGCGCUUUCGAGCGGAACAAAGAAUUGUUGCAUUGUUUUCUGUAAAACAGGCAAUGACGACAUACCGAUGACUGUCAAACCCCGGUAUCGAGUGCAUCGUUAUUAUAUUUAUAGCGUCAUAUCGCCGUGCAAUGGAACAAUUUUAUGGUCAUAUUAUGUGUAUACAGAGUUUUGCUGUGUUGUGUAUAUUAUCUUGAUCGAAUGUAUAGAUACUUUUAAACAAAUGACGCACUCGAAUCGGAUAAGGAACGUAUCAGAAGUCUUCGAGCAACCAACUAGUUUCUGAAACGAAAGCAAUGAACUUCAAACAUGCCCAUUCUACUUACGACUGGAACAAAUACUCGAGGCUAUGAAAGCCAACGACAGAUAGUGUCUCGUGUUACGAUGCCGUUUCUAGCAAGUACAAUCGUUUAGCAUUUACUUUAUUUCGUUUUAGCUUUACGAAACGAUCCGUUCCGCCUUCUAAAUUUCAUAAAUCCGCACACCGAGAAAACAGAAAGGUUUAAUUAGAAAUUCGCACGGAUAUUAUUCAAAGAUAGAAGAAAAUGAUAAAAAGAUAACAGAAAGUUAGAUACCCUUUGCUAAUAUAAUUGAAAGGCUAAGUGGAAAAGUAGUGAAAGUGUAUCUUUUUUUUUUUUUUCCAAAAAUGUAAUUUUUCACGUUAAUCGCAGUAGCGUUAUAAAAAAAAGUUCUCGCAUACAUUCCCCUUUAUUGUUCAGGACAAUUAAUCGAAGACGGGUCGCGAUUAAAUUAUACAUUAUGAACCGCCGUCCAAUUAUUUUUAGAAUACGCCUAGUUCUAAUUUUUCUCGAAACCAUCAGCCUGCAUAUGUACGUACGUUUAUUUACUUUUCGUCAUAGGAUGUACUUUUCUUUUAUAGAGAUAUCUAUAUAUACAUAUUAUACAUUAUGCUAUAUUUCAUGGAUCCUGUUUGUACCACUUGUGCACGUUGAACAUAUUCCUGGCAUAGAGUGCCUUAAUAGCGCAGCCCUUUAACCGGCUUGCGGCGAAGACCUACUAUGUCGAGACGAGAUAUUCUCCGAUACUCGAGAGUUUUACGUAAGACAUGUCUAGUAACACGUUUUUUCUAAUGCUCUAAUACGCAUACACGCGGAAACACACCGUUGCACAUCAUUGUAUAUGCGUUUAGCCGGAAGUUUCCGAUCGUGCCACGUGAUAUGUACGGA